AUGGGCUGCAAAUACAUUGGAACCGUUGUUAAAGCGUUGCUUUUGCUGACUGUCACGCAACAGUUUCUAGUGAAUGCUGCAAAGAUUCUUGCCGUCUAUCCGAGCAUCAGCAAGACUAACUAUAUCUUCGGACAAGUAUUAUUCGAAACGCUCGCCGCUCAUGGACACAAUGUGACAAUCGUCAGCCCGUUUGAAGUACAGUACCCCCAGCAGAACAUUCGACAGGUAAGGAUAACUGGGCUAUUCAGCCACGUUGAAGAUUACGGUCUAAAUGCCAACGUGUUCACCAAAAGGGACAAGUCCAGUUUCUAUGGAAACACUAAUCUGAUAUACGGCACCGCAGCCAUGGCCGAUUACACUCUCGAACAUCCCAAGGUACAGGAGCUGCUCAAGAAUCCGGCCGAGGCUUUUGACUUGCUCAUUCUGGAUCAAGUUCUGUGUGAAAGUCUGCUCGGCCUAGCUUAUCAUUACGCCGUGCCAGCGAUUGUGUACAGCGCGUCGGCUCCGAAUAAGUACACGAAUGAGAUGGUGGCCAAUCCGCACAACUCCGCAUAUAAUCCGAUACCCUCGCUAGGGUACUCCGACCGGAUGACGCUAGUUCAGCGGGUGUGGAACACGUUCGUUUCAAUAUGCGAACAGUUUAACUAUAAGUACUUGUACCUGCCGUCCCAGGAAGCCGUUUAUCAGCGCCACUUCCUACGCCCGGGCAUGCCACCGUUACUCGAUCUUAUCCACAACGUUAGUUUGGUGAUGGUGAACAGCCAUCCUGUAAUUAACUUUGCUCGGCCCGUUGUGCCGAACAUGAUCGAGAUUGGCGGAGCUCAUAUACGCGAUUUUGAGGAUACCGGAUUUUCUCAGGAUGUCAUCAAUUGGGUCGAGAAGGCGACCAAUGGCGUCAUCUACUUCAGUAUGGGAGCCAAUAUAAGGUCAGCCGAUCUGCCUCCCUACCUGCUCGAUGCUUUCGUUGGGGCGUUCGGAAAGCUGAAUCAAGUGCUGGUGAUCUGGAAGUGGGAAAACGCAACGCUCGCUAAUCAACCGGGCAAUGUUAUCAUUGGUCCCUGGAUGCCUCAGCAGCAGCUGUUGGCUCAUCCGAACGUCAGGAUACACAUCACGCACGGUGGGCUGCUUAGUAUGAUGGAGACGGUACAUUAUGGGAAGCCGGUCCUUGGACUACCGCUGGCGGGCGAUCAUGAGAUUCUCAUAAACCGAGCAGUCAGAGAAGGAUACGGCUUACGAUUGGAUUAUCAAAAUGUGACAGAAGAGAUCGUCCUGGAAGCACUACAACGAAUCUUGAACAACCCGAGCUACCGCAACGCGGCCCUAAAAGCUUCUCGGCAUUUUCGCCAGCAACCACAAAAACCGAUGGAAAAGGUGAUGUACUACAUUGACUUCGUUCUGAAACGAGACGGAGGAGUAGACUACCUACGCAGUGGAGCCCUGUACCUAUCCUUCUGGUCGCGUCAGGUUGUCGACGUGGCCAUCAUGGCGAUUCUCAUCGUUAUGCUGCCAGUGGGGAUUUUUGCUUCGCUCGUACAGCACAUUCUGCGAAAAACUCAUACAGGGAAGCUGCGGAAAAAUGCGCAACCCGGCGAGAACAAGAAUUUUACAAGCGGAAAAACGACGGGCAAAGACGCUAAAAAGAAACGAAGCUGA